AUGGCCGGGAAGAUGGCGGCGGCAGAGUUAAAACAUGGAAAUGUUUCGUGUUAUGAAACUGUGAAAAGAAAUGUAUCGACAAUAACAUUGCACAGAGAAAUAGAAUGUUAUCAAUUCAGAUUAUUAGACUUAUUUUACUACUUGACUUCUGUCAGUUUUUUUUUCAUCGAUAUAGCAACAGAUAGUAUUGUAUUUAUGGAAUACUUUUUACAAGGCCAGUUUAUUUGGGGAUGCUUUGCUUUGAGUUCUACAAUUUUACCUGCAAGUGUCAUUCAAAUGUUUAGUUUGAGAUGGUAUCACAGCGAUGGUUCUAUUAAAAAUAUACAUUGGUUGUUACAUUUUUUAUUUUUAGGAGUACUGCACAGGUAUUUAAUUUUACUUUAUGCUACAAUAUAUUCAUUAAGGAAGAAACGUUUUGUGAAGGAUAAAAAUUGGGUAUAUAGACAGGAAAGUGAUAUAUGUAUGUUGCAUUUAUUUGAGUCAUUUAUGGGGGCUGCUCCACAAUUAAUCUUGCAACUAUAUGUCAUGGCAGUAUUACGUCGUACACCACUAUGGACAAGUUUAUCCGCCAUAGUCUCCUUUUGUUCAUUGAGCUGGGCUGUAGGUACAUAUACAAAAGCCAUGCACAAAAUAAAUCCUGGUUAUAAUGAAACAACAUGGGUAGUACUAACUCUUCAGGGUCUUUGGCGAGCUGGAAUGCUAAUAUCCAGAAUAGCUGUUUUGGUUUUAACCGCAAUCUGUUUGAGAGAAUGGUCUUUAUUGUUUCUUGGACUCCACUGGUUGCUUAUGACUAUUUGGGUAAUCCUCCAGAACACAGAUUUUUGUCCCACCAUAUGGGAAGAACGUAUUUAUAAUUGUAUUAUAGGAUUUAUUUAUUGUUUCGACUUUUUUAAUUUACGCGUAGGCAAAUCCCGGUACAGAGUACUUAUCUUUUAUUCUAUAAUUGUAAUAGAGAACAUAGUAUUUUUAGUCGUUUACGUAUUGUGUUUUAAAGAUGUGAUAAAAGCCGAGGAAAUAACGAUAAUGACGAGUUUAAUCAUCGGAGGGAUGAUGAUCGGUUUGAUGAGUAUGUUGUUUUAUUAUGGAAAAUUUCAUCCGUCCAAAGUCGGAAGUAGUAUGUCUAUCAAGAGUGAGAAAAGGCCCAAUAUCGUGGCCAACAAAGCUGUCACUCCCAGGUCUUUCAAACAGUAUUAUCCCAAUUCAUUCGCCCUGUCGUCCUGUUCCGUUGAUCAUUCUCAAGGGGCUAACUCUGAGGAAAUCACCACAGACAAACAAUUUUUAUUAACGAACAUCGUACAGAACUCAGAAUGUACGGAAAAUGGUGUUACUAAUCAGAGUUAUAAAACUGAAAACGAACCACAGACUGCCAUUUGCGUUGUAUCGGAGUCGUCCGAGUCGGCGCGUAAGAAUUUUUCAAAAGAUGAAACCAUGUCUUCGAACUUUCUAUCGAAAACUACAUUCCCCAUGGCUGAUAAUACCUGCGAAUAUCUGGAAGUUCAAAGUGAUUGUAAUGAUUCUAGCGAAAAAGAUAUUCAUUGUCAGAAACGUAGAGGUAUCUGUUUGCCGAUAACUCAUGGGUUAGACAUAGAUAAAGAUGUUCAAUUAACGAAAGAAUCAUCAAACUCUUGUCUUCCUUUGCAAAAAAGACGAGGUAUUUGUUUCUCGAAUCAACUUAUUCUUGAAAUGGAGAACGAAGGGCAAGAAAAGGUUACGGAUGCGAGUGCGAAAAAACAUGAGCAAUUAGAGGGGGGUCUCAUCGUUAAUAUUUGUGACGAAUUGAACGGUAUUACGAUGUUAAGGGAUAGACUGAAAACUCCGAUCUUUAAUGAUACUUGUGAGAAAAUCCCGGAUACGGAGAAACUAACGAAGGAGUUACAACAACAGAGGGAUGAAACGAUGAGUUGCGUUACAUCGAUCCACGAUUAUGAGAACGUUUGCCCUCUUGGCGUGGCUAGACCACCGUGGUGUAUUCGUAGCUGGAAAGGAUAUACCGACAUAGAAACUUAUAUACAUGACGAUAGUGUUGUCAGAGAUAGGAGAAGAGAUACUUUAACGAGCACAACUACCGGUACUACUUACAGCUCGGAGUUUUCCGACACAACAUGCGCCAGUUCGAUAUUGAGAGGAAUUUUCAAGCAAGACGAUUAUAUCGACACCCUUACGUACGAUUUAAUUGACUCUCGAGAAUUGAAAAUGACGUACAACGAGUAUCCGUCGUCUACGAAAAGAAUCUCUGAUAUCGACGAACAAAAUUCCACGUUGUAUAUUGCUAAACCGGUGGUAAUAGACGACAAAGGUGGAAUGUUCGCGCUGGAUACGAUCUUAGAGGAGCACGAUGAAAUUUUUGGUGAGGAAAAAUUCAAAUAUAAUCGAUCUGGUUGUGGUUCGGUUAGUACAUUAGUUAGCACGAUAGAUCAAAUUAGGAAAUACACGGCCGAAAAUUCUCCAAGGCAUGUGUAUCAUACGACGGGUAGUCAGUGGGAAGAUUUUCAUCCGAAAAGCUUCAUAAAGAAAGCCCAACUGACUAAAACGUUAUUCAACGACGCUGCCACGUAUAACAGAAAUUAUAUCAAUUGCUUGGACGAGUCGGACUCGAUCAAAGAUUUAGUAAAGUACUGUACGAUAGAAUCGAUUAAGAAGAAGAAGACGUCGACACCCUUGAUAGAUGGGAUACUGUUUGAUUCUCCGAUUUUAUGUAACAAAACGAAGUUACAGAAACAGGUCUCUGUCGCGUAUUGGAAAGACGACGAAUCGAUAUCGAAUUCAAAGGAAAAUGAUCUGUACGUUGAAAUGAGUCCUUUGGUACCUGUUACGGAAAAUGUUACAGUUGUACAUAAUGAUUUAUCCGAGGUUAUAUCUUCAAAUGUUACGGACGUUAAUACCAUGCUAAAUAUUUCCGCGCAAUCGAUAAAGUCGAAUUUCGAUCCUGAUGCGGAACAAUCAAAACAGCUUUGCGAUAAACGUAAAAAAGUUAUCAAUUACCCGAAACGAAAAUUUUCUCUAUUGAAAGAGAAAUUCGAAUCAAAGUCGCAAUUAGUUUACGUCGUAACUCCGACUAACGCGAUUCAAAUUCAACAAUCAUCCGUUUCCCCCGAAUUGGAUACGACAAAGAAAAAUGUCUCGGUAAUUUUGAAGAAAUCGUCGGACUGUACGAAACACGAUAAAGAGAAUUUAGCUCCUAUCGCACCGUUUAAAGUUAAUCACGCAAAUCAUGCUUUAAACGUAGAUAGAGCUCACUCGAAUCGAGAAAGUACCGAUUUUAUUUCAUACGAGAACGAUGAGUCUUUAUGCAAUAGUGACUUAAAUUUGAAGGAAAGGAGGCAUAUAUUUUUGGAACAGGGUUUAUCACCUCCGAAACUUUUGACUUGGAAUAAGAGAAAGUCUUUUGGUGGAUGUACUAUAAAGAAAUUAUAA